AUGGAUCCGCUCACCCAUACUUCACAUCCCCCAGCUUCGCAUCCAGUCGGUCAUUGCUCGUCUGGGUGUCCAAACAGUGUUUCAUGCACCUCUGAUUACCCUGAAGAAUACCAAAAAUCUUCAGGAGUGGCUCCCCCGAAGAUUGAGAUGGGUGAAUACUACUUUCCAAUGAAUGGCGUUCAGACCCCCUACCAUCGUACCCAACUUCCGCUGCCGGCUGCCCCGUCAACCUAUAGACCACCUCUUACUUAUUUAGGAGACGCAGCCGGUAAGUACCAGAACUGCCGGCCGAACUCUUCCUCCUCGUGGGAAUCGGACCUCAAGAGUCAAGAUGAGCGUGAGCUACUGAAUGGACAUCCGACCGCUUACCCUUUCGAGUUUGGAUACCACAAUACCACAUGUUCCUUCCGUCCUUACGCUUCCACAGCUUCCUCGGAGAACGAAGCGCAUCCAUUUCACGAGGCGCCAGACAGAAGGCCUUCUACGGUAGAGAAUAGAUCCGGCUCUAGCGGCGUCCAAGAGUUGACAUUGCCCCCAAUCAACAAUCAGCUUACUCCCGAUAGCCGUUACUCAGCAGACGAACCACCCACCAGACAAGAAGAGUACGCCGAAGACCUCACCAAAGCGAAUAUUGACAAGGCAGGAUUAUCUGAGUCGGAACACUCCCCGAAAUCCAAAUCGGCGACAGGCAAGAAGCCUUCUAGUUUGAAAGUAUCAGAGAAGCGUCGACAGCAAAAUAGGGCAGCGCAACGGGCUAUGCGGGAGCGUCGCAAAUUUGACGAACUUACUCAUCCACCAUUCUAUCAACCCGGGUGUCUUAUCAUGGAAUCCGGUACCAGCGCAAGAAAAUUCGCAGGCAAUGUUGCCACUUUUGAGUACCGGCAGUCUUCCUCCGCAUUCCGCUUCUAUAAGCGACCACACGUUUAUACCCUCUAA